GUGGAGAAGAUUUUAAGGCACGGCUUGUCUGCCAACAUUGAGGAUUCACAAGGCCUGAGUCCACUGUGCUAUGAGCUACUGAUGUUGUUGAAGGCCCCCUCCCUGGAACCAGAACUGGAAGCCAAGAGACUUUUAACAGCCAAAGCUUUAAUUUGUGGGGGAGCAGUCUUCGAGAUUCGUGAACAAUACAAUUCAAGCUUAACAAGAAGAUUAGGGGUCCACACGUACGCUCCAAACUUCAACAACCUGAUUCAGCUGUUCAGAGACGUGUGCCCGGUCAUACCCCGACCUUGCCUUGAGCGCUGGCACCAGCACAUCAGGCAGAUUGGAAUGAUGGAGAACACAGCAGCGCUGCAGAAAGAACUCGAGGCCUUUAACUCCAGGGUCCCCAGUCUCCUGCAGAUCAGCAAGCUAUGCCUGAGGCAGUGUCUCGGGGGGCAUGUAUGGUGCUACACCAAAUGUCUACCCUUGCCGGAUAAGAUAAAAGAUUAUAUAUGUAGCGUGUGAAGAUGUAAAUUUAAAAAAAAAAAUCUUAUGCCAAUUAUUAUUUUAAUAGACAAAGAAGCCAUUGUAACACAUGAUGUAUUAAUGAGCUGUCGACUAGUCGUAGCAGUAUAAAAAUAUUUGUCUUUGUGGCAGUCUACACAUGUACUUACUUCAGCUGUUUUACUGUAACAGCAAUAUAAACCAACCCUGUUGUCUUGUGUUUUUAUGGCCAAAUUAUUCUCAUCCACUUUUGUGUAUUUUUUUUUUCCCCAGCCAAUGUUAAUCAUCCCUGUUUUCUACAAACAGUGCUUUAAACACAACCGGUACUUUGUACAUUACAUUUAAAUGUAGGCCUUUUUAUUACUAUAAUGUAUUUUCACAUACCAAUUUUGGUAAAAGAAAAACCUCAUCCAUGAAUUCCCUCAAUUAAAUGCCAACAAAAAGUUGUCCAUCUUUACUUCGGGUGUAAAAUAACCCAAGAUUCUAUGCCAAAGUUUAUAUUAGUUUAGCAAUUUGGUCUGUUAAAUAACACUCGUCCCCGAAAAGGCUCAUUAUGGAUGACGCAGAAUAAUCAACAAUUAUUUUUGGCCAAGGCAAAUGAAAGUUGUACACUACUUAGAUUCAUGUACUAACAUCACUUAUGUGUGAAUGGUGUAAAAUCUUGUAAAGGAAAUGCCAGAAAUGUAAAUACUGUAUGUACAUAAGCAGUUUUUAAUCUCAAGUUGUAGUUAAUUAAUGGGAGGUCACCUUGGACUAUUGGUAGAACUCAUACUUGGGCUAUUGGUAGAAUUAAUACUUGGGCUAUUGGUAGAACUCAUACAUGGACUAUUCAUAGAACUCAUACAUGGGCUAUUGGUAGAACUCAUACAUGGGCUAUUGGUAGAACUUAUACUUGGGCUAUUGGUAGAACUCAUACAUGGACUAUUGGUAGAACUUAUACAUGGGCUAUUGGUAGAACUUAUACAUGGGCUAUUGGUAGAACUCAUACAUGGACUAUUCAUAGAACUCAUACAUGGGCUAUUGGUAGAACUCAUA